AUGAAGAACAUAACCCAAUCACCUCAUUUUGAAACUCUGACACCGGAAUUUCUGGCCGAUCUACUUGAAGAACAUGGGUAUACUCUCUACCUUCACAUUAAACUUAUACCAUACCUUACUAACAAAAACUCAAACACCACGAUUUUACACCUCUACGCUCCCCUUUUCGUGCGAUCGAGCACUCUACCUACUUCUUUCAUUAGGAAAAGCUUUAAACCUAGCUUUCCGAGUCUAUAUCAACUUAAAACUCCACUAAAGCUAUUUAAAAUGGGGCCUCAAGUCACUCCCGGCGGUAAAAACGGCUUACCUCGUCGACCACGGUCUUCUUCCGCUAAGAAGGCCAAGCCAUACGAUUCCCCUUCCCUAUCAAAACGCCAAACCACCGAACCUCCUACCAACUUGACUGAUCUUAACAGCUCCAUGACGAUUGAUCAGCCAGCUCAAAGUACAGCUACUGCUAAUCAAGAAGAUGAAGAGAUGAAUCUCGCCGACCCAGUUCAAUCUCAACCCGCCAUUUCUUCUUCUAACUCGAAUGAAGAAAGAAAAAAGAAGAGAACUAAAGCCAAUUCUCCUAGCUCUGAAGAAUCUGAAUCUUCUGAAGACUCGAGCUCUGAUUCCGACGAUAAUGAUGACAACGACGUCGAAUCUAAACCUCUUUUCGAUCUCUCUGACGAAAAAGAACCUACUGACCCUGAUAAGGAUCUUCUUAAAGAUAUUUUCACUCAGGAAGACUCUAACAAGACUGAUGAAGUUAAGGAUAGAAAGGAAGAACAGGAGGUUCAAGUUCCUAAUUGGACGCCUGCUAACGAUCUAAACAACUCUGGUACUAAUAGAUUACCAUACCCCUCACCUGGUUCUCUCACUUUACAUACGGUCAAUCCCCUCAAAUACUCGUAUCAGAACGAAUUCGCCUUUACUUGUGAUUUACCUUAUGAACUUCAGCUAUGGUGGCAACUCUACCACCGUCGACAUGUUAGUCCCGACGAUAUUAACUUAUGGGCUAUUGUUACAAUCAUAAGUCAAAAAUUUAAAUCAAACUUGUUUGAAGAAGUCAAACGUACACUCAAUCAUUGUAUUAAUCAUAUUGAAUUAAUCGUCAACGUAUCAGGAUCUAGAUUCUUCUUAAUCAGAUUUAAAAACUUAAAAGCUAAGGACGGUCUUCAAAGGGAUCCUCGACACGAUAAAGGAGUCUUUGUAUCUUAUCAAUCCGGUUUCAAAAAACCUACUACUCUUCUCAUAUUUGAAUUAGAUCCUAUCACCAAAUUAACUCCUAAAAUGUCUAGUCUACUGGUUACUAUUCAUGGUUUACCUUUCCCUUUAUGUACUCAGCUUAUUGCUGAUACGGUCUUUGGUGCAAUUGCCGCUCAUGAAAGCAAUUUUCACCUCGAACUUGAAGGGAUUCGAGAGCUCCGCAAGUAUCCGGUCAUAGCUCACGGUGGUGGUCGAGUCUUUGAGGUCUUAUUUAAACGUGAUGCAGUUCUUGAAUGGUUCAAACUACUCUCAAAAUCAAAUAAAUCAAUUAAGCUUAUUGGCUGGAAUCAUAAAGGUAAGGAGACUGACGAUCUAUACCUAAUUCAAAUUCGACAUGUUCCUACUUGUCCAACUUGUGGAACUACAUCCGUCAACGCUUCUCAUUCGACUGGUUGUCCCUUCGCUACUCUACGUGAUGGUAUCAUCAAGAGUCUUAAAAGGACUUCUACUCCUUCUAAACGUUCGAAAUUGGAUCAAGAUGAAGACUCUGAAGAUUCUACACCUUUAGCUUCAUCUUCUAACAAAAAGCCUCGAUCGAAAAUCGGCAACUUCACUAUAAGAAAUUAG